AUGAUGGGCAUCCAAGCCACUCCAAAGGAACCCACUGGGUUUUUAAACUACCCAGAGCCCACACAAGGGCCUGAGAGUGUCCUGGAAAGAGGAAAGUUAGCCAACCCUGUUUUGAGAGGGCCGUUGUUGGUCAUCUUUGCUUUUCUGAUUGAAUGGGUUCGGCUGGUCCGAGAGUUGGUUUGGCACAACGCUGGCUUCGAUUCAUUACGCAAACUUCGACAAGAACUCGAGUGCUAUGAAGCACGAAACGACCCGACGGUUAUUCCCAUCCCAUGCGAUACCCCCUCAGAUGACGAGUUCGACCUCGGUACUCCUUCAUCGCCAACACUUGUACCAUCCGAGCCGAUGACCGAGGCCCCAUACUAUUCAGUUUCCGAUUACCGAGCCAUGUACUUGUCCGGACAGGCUACGCCGACCGAUGUUGCUCGUGCCCUGUUACCAUUGAUCCGACGCGAUAUCAGUCCUCAAGGGAAGCAUUCGACAGCAUGGAUCGACACCAAGGUGGAUCUUGUUCUCAAAGCCGCCGAGGAAUCCACGAUCCGUUAUCACCAAAACAGGUCUCUUGGCCCUCUUGAUGGCGUCCCCGCGGCAAUCAAGGAUGAUUUCGAUCUUGACGGCUAUGAUAUGACAAUGGGCUCCAACAUGAACUACGCCGGACGCGCUGUGAAGAGUGGCUCCAUCACCAAUUGGAGUGUGCGCAAGCUGCAGGAAGCGGGAGUUAUCAUUCUAGGGAAGCUUACGAUGCAUGAGUUCGGCAUGGAUACUACUGGCAACAAUCCCAACCAUGGUACACCACUCAACCCCUUCAAUGCUGGAUACUAUGCUGGCGGAAGCUCAUCGGGAGCUGGAUAUGCAGUUGGUGCUGGCUUGAUCCCGAUUGCUCUUGGUGGUGACGCUGGCGGAAGUCUUCGCGUCCCAGCGGCAUACUGUUCAGUUUUUGGUCUCAAGCCUACUCACGGCCGCCUUUCUUCAUACCCCACACCUAACCCAGCACCGAGUUGUUCUGUUCAAGGACCCAUGGCAGCCGACAUGUACUCUCUCGCUACCGUCUACGAGACUAUCGCAGACCCUCAUCCUUCUUCGCCCUUCCCUCAACUCUGCCGAGAACCGUCCAGGCCUUCAUCAAAACUUCUUGGAGUCUAUGAGCCAUGGUUCUCAUGUGCGGCAAUGGGUGUUCAGGACUUGACUAGAAGUCUAGUGGGCAAGCUCUGCACCUAUUAUGGAUAUACCAUUGUGCCUAUCAGUAUUCCUUUCAUGGAGGAGGGACAGAUUGCGCAUGCAAUGACUGUCUUGACCGAUGCGGCUUCCCUUUUGCCAGACACAAAGGAUAUCACAGCUGCGACAAAGAUCUUGCUUGCAGUUGGACGCACGACGCCGGCUACAGAUUAUCUUCUUGCUCAAAAGCUUCGAAGUCUUUUGAUGCAACAUCUCUCUCAUUUGUGGCAGAUGUACCCUGGUAUGCUCAUCGUCACACCUACUACAGCCUGUGCCGGCGCCCCAAUUCGAGGUGGAGAGAGCGAGUUGAAGUACGGAGUCAGUGAUGGCAAUCUCACGAUAGAGAGCAUGACUUAUGUGUGGCUGGCCAAUUUCUGUGGACUGCCAUCUAUUUCAGUUCCAGCUGGGUUUGUGAUUCCGGAAGGACAGGACAGAGCGGGCGAGGAAGCAGAUGAAAAGACAGAAGGCAAGGUGCCUAUCGGUCUUAUGGCUACUGGAGAGUGGUGCAGCGAGAAGGCGUUGCUUGACUUUGGGGUCGAUGCUGAGGCUGCUGGAAGUGAGAGGCGAUGUAGACCGCCGAUCUGGGAGGACAUGAUUAAGCAGGCAAAGGUGCUCUCGCAGGCGAGAGACAAGGAUUUCCAGAGUGAAAAGGAAGAGAGUUUAUAG